AAUGUGCAUUUUGCACGGUUCCCGAAUAUAACGCGUUGUUAAGUUUUGACGGCAGUUUUAACGGUUGAUAUUAGAGAAGAGAAAAAGCUUAAGUAAGCUUUAAAAAUAGGAUGCGAUAAAAAUUUGACAUGGCUGAUAAGAGAAGUUUGUUAAUUUUCUGCAUCAUAUGGAUUUGCGGCUCACACUGUAAACAGCGAAAUAAAUCCCAGAAACCAAACGUAAUUUUAAUUGUGGCGGAUGAUCUGGGGUGGAACGAUGUUAGUUUUCAUGGAUCUGCUCAAAUUCCAACGCCAAACAUUGACCGGCUUGCGAAAGAAGGAAUUAUUUUGAACAAUUACUAUGUUAACCCCAUUUGUACACCAUCACGAGGUGCUUUGCUAACAGGAAAGUAUCCGAUCCAUACUGGCUUGCAGCAGGAUGUUAUUUACGGUGUCGAACCAUGGGGACUGGGCUUAGAAGAGAAGCUGCUUCCUCAGUUCCUGCGCCAUAUGGGCUACAAAACACACGCUAUUGGAAAGUGGCAUCUGGGAUUUUUCCAGUCCAAUUAUACUCCUACUUAUCGCGGAUUUGAUAGCCACUUUGGAAAAUGGCUUGGUCAUGGUGACUACUUCGAUCACGCAGCGCAGGAGUGGGAUGAUUGGGCACUUGACAUACGGCACAAUAUGGAGCCAGUCAAAAAUUUGACCGGUCGCUAUAGUACAGAUAUCUAUUCGAAGAGAGCGGAAAAGAUCAUACUGGAUCACAACACAAGCUCGCCUUUGUUUCUAUAUCUGGCCCAUCAAGCCGUUCACAGCGCCAACACGUACGAUCCCCUACAAACCACCGUCCAGUAUUACAACCGCUUCCCGCAUAUCAAGCACAACGGUCGACGACUCUUUGCAGGUAUGGUAGCCGGAUUAGACGAAUCAGUGGGGCGUGCCCAUCGUGCACUACAAUCUCGCGGCAUGGACAGCAACACUAUCCUCAUCUUCACCACCGAUAACGGUGGCCCGGCAGCGGGUUUCAACUACAACCACGCCAACAACUGGCCACUGCGUGGCGUCAAAGAUACAUUAUGGGAAGGCGGCGUUCGGGGCAGCGCGUUUAUCUGGAGUCCGUUGUUGCAAUCAGCGGGACGGGUCUCCACCCAAAUGAUGCACAUCACGGAUUGGUUGCCGACCAUCUUAUCGGCCGCUAAGCACAAAGGUCGUCUAAGCGAACUAGACGGUCACAAUAUGUGGCGCGCAUUGUCCGAAGAUACUGCUUCGCCCAGAACGGAGAUUCUCCUGAAUAUCGAUCAUGAGCGACAGAUUUACGCAUUGCGGAGUGCGCAGUACAAACUGGUUAUUGGCUCGACGUACGAAGGCAAGUGGGAUGGAUGGUAUCCUCCAGAAGGGCAAAGCACAAUUUCGGAUUCGCUGACUGUAAACUGUACUCCACCGGUUGACCCCAGCGUCAAGACUUCGUGCCAGCCGCUAACUGGAGCACCAUGUUUGUUCGAUAUCGAGAAAGAUCCAUGUGAAUAUGAGAAUUUGGCCGAUAUUAUGCCGAGAAAACUGGAGGAGCUAAUGAAGAAGCUAAGGUGGUAUAAUACGACCGUUGUACCGCCUAGAAAUCUCCCCCAUGAUCCAGCUGCUAAACCGCAGUACCAUAAUUAUAUCUGGAGUCCAUGGAAAGAUUAGAUGGAUUUCUUUUGACCAAAUCUGUCGAAUGCGAUUUUAGCAAUCUGAUGCUGCUCUGACCAUUAUUAAGUAUGAAGUUUUUGUUCACACCGCCGGCACUUAUACGGUACGUCCUACAUUCCCCUGGAACCUAUAACAGCUAUUAGAAUUUUUUAUCAGCUCGCAACGACCGCGUCAAAUUGAAACAAUACAGCAAAAAAAGGUGGAUAAAUAAGCACGAAAGCUGACCGGCAUAUUUGCUGUUUCUAGACUACUUAGAAAAGCGCAUGCAUUGUGUACUUUGCUGCCAACAGUAACUACUGCAAAGCCGAAUUAACAUUCACAGUGCUCUUACAUCAUGAUUGCAUCAGGUAUUAAUUAGACAAGUACACGAGGUCACAGUUAAUCCGGGCCGGGCUAAAUCCGGGCAUUGCCCGGCUUUGCUACGCCGAUGUGUUAAUAUGGGCGGCAGAUGUGCACGACGGAUCGCAACAGCAUUGUUGAUAACACGCACUCGGAAAGGAACCGGUAACAAUGCAACAAUGCCGACUCAAAUCCGUCCCGCAGAAAACUUGGCCACAGUCGCACUGGUUAUCAGUGUUGAAAUUGCACACCUGUUCGCUGAAUCCGAACCGAAUGCAGCAGUUGACUGCGAUGCAAGAUGUCGGAUCGGUGCUCACUAAGUUGCAACACACUCCAAUAGGUCCGGGAGGACACACCUGGGGAGGGCAUAUGGUAGUGGAAGAAAGCGUGGUGGUGGAAGAUGCUGUUGUAUAUGCCGUUUGAGCCAUACACAAAUUAGCCGGACCACUUAGACAUUCUAUUAAAAAAAGAGCAAAACAGGAACUUUUCAAAAACGAAUACCUCAUCUUCUUAAAAACUGAUUUCCCUUUCGGCUCAGU